CACCCCGGCGCCGCGCGCUAGCCAGCCCCGGAGCCGCCAGAGCCCUGCGCUGGAGGCGCCCCUGCCUGGGCCUCCUUGGCCACUCUUCGCUCGGGUAAACAGGAAAGGAAUUACCCCUUGUGGAUUAAAAAAUAAUCCUGCUGGGGGCGAAGAAGGGAGGUGGGGUUUGCCUGCGCGCGUGGUGGACGCCGGAGAGCAACUCAGGAGCCCGCGCGCGGUCGUCGCCUCUCGGCCAGGCCAUGGACUGGCGGGAGAAGGGCGCAGGGCGCCCGGGAUGCUCUGGCCCCUAGCCGGGCGCUCCCUGGCCGCCGGCCCGGCUCCCAGCCUCUAAAGACUGAGACAGUCUCUUCUUCGCCUGGACGGUGCCGGGCAGCGGAGGAUCUGCGCUCCGGGUCUCAGGAUGUGCCCGUCUGAGAUGGGGACGCUGUGGCACCACUGGUCGCCUGUGCUCAUCAGCCUGGCCGCCCUGUUCUCCAAAGUGACGGAAGGUCGAGGGAUCCUUGAGAGCAUCCAGAGGUUUUCCUUGCUGCCCACCUACCUCCCCGUGACCUACCACAUCAACAACGCCGACGUCUCCUUCUUCCUGAAGGAGGCCAACCAGGAUAUCAUGAGGAACUCCAGCCUGCAGUCCCGGGUGGAGUCAUUUCUGAUUUACAAAUCCAAGAGGCUGCCUGUUCUAAAUGCCAGCUACGGGCCUUUCUCCAUCGAGCAGGUGGUACCCCAGGAUUUAAUGCUACCUUCCAACCCAUUUGGAUUCACCAACAAAUUUUCUCUUAACUGGAAACUGAAAGCCCACAUCCUGCGGGAUCAAGUGUACCUGAGCCGCCCCAAAGUGCAGGUUCUGUUCCACGUGGUGGGCAGGGACUGGGACGACCGCAGCGCCGGGGACAAGCUGCCGUGCCUGAGGGUCUUUGCCUUCCGAGAGACCAGAGAGGUGCGGGGCAGCUGCCGGCUGCAGGGGGACCUGGGGCUGUGUGUGGCCGAGCUGGAGCUCCUGUCCAGCUGGUUCAGCGCCCCGACGGCGGUGGCCGGGAGGAGGAGGCCCGUGGACCAGCCGGAGGGGACCCCUGUGGAGCUCUACUACACCGUGCACCCAGGGGGUGAGAGAGGGGACUGUGUCAGGGAAGAGGCGAGGAAAAGCAACGGGAUUCGGACAGGCCACAGUGACCUCGACGACGCCGGCCCCCCCUUGCAGAGGAUUGGGAGCAUCUUCCUGUACCAGACGCACAGGAAACCUUCCCUGAGAGAGCUGCGCCUGGACAGCAGCGUGGCCGUCCACUACACACCAAAGACGGUCAGGCAGGGAGAUGUGCUGACGUUCCCCGUUUCCAUCUCCAGAAAUGCCACUGAAGAUCGCUUCACCUUGAGGGCAAAGGUGAAGAAAGGCGUGAACAUCGUCGGCGUGCGAGCCAGCAGCCCUUCCGUUUGGGAUGUCCAGGAGCGCACGGAUUACACUGGGAAGUAUGCACCGGCUGUCAUCGUUUGUCAGAAGAAGUCGGCUGGCUCGGAAAACAGCGGGGAUGGCGCCUCCUAUGAGGUCAUGCAGAUCGACGUGGAGGUGGCAGAGCCCAGCGACCUGCCAGCCACACAGCUGGUCACCUGGCAGGUGGAGUACCCCGGAGAGAUCACGUCUGACUUGGGAGUGUCCAAGAUCUAUGUGAGCCCAAAGGACCUGAUCGGAGUAGUGCCGCUGGCUAUGGAGGCGGAGAUCCUGAACACAGCCAUCCUCACGGGGAAGACGGUGGCCGUCCCGGUGAAGGUGGUCUCCGUGGAAGAGGACGGCACAGUGACAGAGCUGCUGGAGUCUGUGGAGUGUAGAUCGUCUGAUGAAGACGUGAUUAAGGUCUCUGACAGAUGUGACUAUGUCUUUGUCAAUGGGAAAGAAAUGAAAGGCAAGGUGAACGUGGUGGUGAACUUCACCUACCAGCACCUGAGCAGCCCCUUGGAGAUGACAGUGUGGGUGCCCCGGCUUCCGCUGCAGAUCGAGGUCUCGGACACCGAGCUCAAUCAGAUCAAGGGCUGGAGAGUGCCCAUCGUCUCCAGCAGGAGGCCCGCCGGGGACAGUGAGGAAGAGGAGGACGAUGAGAGGAGGGGCCGCGGCUGCACCCUGCAGUACCAGCACGCCAUGGUGCGGGUCCUCACGCAGUUCGUGGCUGAGGCGGCCAGCCCUGGGGGACACCUGGCCCACCUGCUGGGCUCCGACUGGCAAGUGGACAUCACGGAGCUGAUAAAUGACUUCGUGCAGGUGGAGGAGCCCAGGAUCGCCAGGCUGCAGGGUGGACAGAUCCUGAUGGGGCAGGAGCUUGGGAUGACCACCAUUCAGAUCCUGUCUCCUCUGUCAGACACCAUCCUGGCUGAAAAGACCAUCACUGUACUGGACGAGAAGGUGACCAUCACGGACCUCGGGGUGCAGCUGGUGACGGGGCUGUCGCUGUCCUUGCAGCUCAGCCCAGGAAGCAACAGGGCCAUCUUUGCCACUGCAGUGGCUCAGGAACUUCUGCAGAGGCCCAAACAGGAAGCAGCCAUCAGUUGCUGGGUCCAGUUCAGUGAUGGCUCAGUCACACCCUUGGAUAUUUACGACGGGAAAGACUUCUCCUUGAUGGCCACAUCCUUGGAUGAGAAGGUGGUCUCCAUCCACCAAGACCCCAAAUUCAAGUGGCCUAUAAUUGCUGCGGAAGCUGAAGGACAAGGCGCCCUGGUGAAGGUGGAAAUGGUUAUUAGUGAAUCCUGCCAGAAAUCCAAGAGGAAGAGUGUGUUAGCUGUGGGAACAGCAAACAUCAAAGUCAAAUUUGGCCAGAACGAUGCUAACCCCAACACCAGCGACAGCAGACACACAGGGCCAGGGGUUCACCUGGAAAACAAUGUCAGUGACAGACGGCCCAAAAAACCCCUGCAGGAAUGGGGGAGCCAAGAAGGACAGUACUAUGGCAGUUCUUCCAUGGGGCUCAUGGAGGGACGGGGCCCCACGACAGACAGGUCCCUCCUGCAGAAGAAAGGCCGGGAAAGCCUUUUGGAUGACGACAGCCACUGGCAGACCGUCCCCAGUGACCUCACCAGCUUCCCAGCGCAGGUGGACCUCCCCAGAAGCGAUGGAGAAAUGGAUGGGAAUGACCUCAUGCAGGCGUCCAAAGGGCUGAGCGACCUAGAAAUUGGGAUGUAUGCUCUGUUGGGCGUCUUCUGUUUGGCCAUUUUGGUCUUCUUGAUAAACUGUGUGACCUUUGCACUAAAAUACAGACACAAACAGGUUCCCUUCGAGGAGCAGGAAGGGAUGAGUCACUCCCACGACUGGGUUGGGUUGAGAAACCAGACUGAGCUGCUGGAGAAUCGCAUCAACUUUGCCUCCUCUCAAGAUGAGCAGAUCACUGCCGUUGACAGGGGCUUGGAUUUCGAGGAGAGUAAAUAUCUCCUCAGCACAAACUCCCAGAAGGGCAUCAACGGGCAGCUGUUCAAACCUUUGGGGCCCAUCAUCAUCGAUGGGAAAGAUCAGAAAAGCGAGCCUCCGACCUCCCCUACCUCAAAAAGGAAAAGGGUGAAAUUCACCACCUUCACCGCCGUGUCCUCGGACGACGAGUGCCCCACCAGGAACUCCGUGGUGAUGAGUAGCGAGGAUGACAUUAAGUGGGUUUGCCAGGACCUGGAUCCCGGGGACUGCACCGAGCUGCACAGCUACAUGGAAAGGUUCCACGAAGACGUGUAAGCCGGACACACACAGACGUUGGGCCUCACUCACCUUUCAGCCUUUAAUUCCAGGACGUGUAGCAACGGUGUCCCCGGAGAGACAUCAAGCAGCAGGACAGGAGGAUGGCACCGUCGGCAGAGCCUCAGCCAGCCACCCCGGCCCGGCAUCGACGCCCACGUCCCAGCCUACGGCGUCUUGCUGAAGAGGUUAUCAUGCAUGGCAAGAUUUCUAAAACUGGAGUCAAACACAAGCUCUGAAUCACUGAGCGUCUGAGUUUCCAGGAAAGAACAGCCUCUCUCUCUCUCUGUAAUCAAAACAAUUUGGAUGUUGUAAAAUCCACAUGGCUCCAGUAUUCAAUACUGCAGACCAUGGAAGAAAAGCGCAACUCAGGUGGGGCAUCCGUGGGUCAGUGGGAGGCGGCGGAGCCAGGCAGCCCAGUGCCGCCGUCGGCCGUCGCUGUCUCUCAAAGUCUGGGCCACAGCUGGCUCAGGUCGUGGACAGGCCAAGGCGGUGGCUGACAAGGACUGAAAGGGAACAUGUGGGCCACUAGGCCACAAAUGCCUUUGUAACUACAGGCCAAGGACAAAGGCAUGGACGCAAAUCCUCUGAGCCCUUCAGAGCACUUCUCUAUUUGUAAACUAAGGAUACUGGGCAUAGAAUUUGAAUCAGGUUCAGAGAACCAGGCUCUUUUUAUUCAUAGCAAGUUCACGAUGGUUCCAUUUGUAUUCCUCCACUGCAUCGCCACCCUCCCCAAAGCCGCUGGUCACGUGUGGGUGGGGGAGGGAGAGGGCAGUUUCUAGUAUUUGCUGAGUCUUUUUCACCCCCUGGGUUUUGUGUCAACUCCCAAGUGACAUUCUAUAAAGAAGCUCCCCCGACCCACCUGGGUGAACAUCCCACGCUGUCAAUCUGUGAAGAGGCUGGUCUCGGGGCAUGGGUAGUAUGUACACACAGUGAAUUCCACACCAGGGCAUAUAUGUUCCGUUGCCUUUCUAGAAAAAAACAAGAGCCACUUGGGACGGGUCUUUCACUGUUUAUGGCAGAUCUCCCAUCCAAGAAUAUGCCCUCGAGGUUGUUGAGACAAACCUGGAUGCCGGUGUGGAAUGUGCAGGGCGUGCGGAGUUGGGGGGUUCUGGGUGCGAAAGCAGUGGGUCCAGCACGCUCCCAGACAGCACAGGCUUCUUCGCCUUGGAGGUGGGAAGCGGUGGGGGCCUUGGUUCGUGUGGCGGAGAUACAGGUUUGCUUGAUCCGGCCGUCAGCCCCAAAAGGUUUAGUGUCGCUUAAGAUCAGCAUGACUCUGGAGAUCCCUGAAUCCCCUCAUUUGCCAAGCCUGUGAAGGGAGACAUCAGAGAAUUCCUGCCCCAUGUCACACUCACUCCAAGGUAGAGAAUGGUGUGUUGGAGGAUUGCCAGAUAUGAUCCUCUGAAAUAUGGUCGGGGACAGGGGGUAGCAGGCAGAAGAGGCUGUGCUGUUUAAUGCAUCUUCCAUUUUUCCUUCUGUCAUUUUAUUUCUCUCUCUCUGCUCUUUAGAUGUGUUCCAGUCUCUCUCCCACUCCGAACCUCUCUCCUGGCUUCCUUUCUGUGUCUGCAACUCUACGUGUGUCUUCCUUCCUUUUCCUCUCCACAGAACUGAGUGCCCUUUAGAUCACGUGUCAGUUGCACCUGUUUAUGCUUCCAGCCUUAGCCCUCUCCCCUGCAAUCGCGGUGCUAUCAGUUUGCUCUUGAGACUGGGGUUUCUGCAGCCGGUAAGUCACCUGCUCCUGUCCACAAGUUUGCUUACCUUGUUUGGCUGGAUGAUUAAGCUGUCACCCCUUGUCGAUGGGACUCCUCUGCUUUCAGUAGCAUCCUCGUAUUUCUUUCCAUUCUUACCUGUGUCACGUUCCGUUGAAUACUGCAGCCGCUGCCCACGCCCAAAUCCACCCACGUGUAGAAUGUACUGUAGAUUAUAAGAAUGUAAUAUAUAUUUAUAAACUUACUGACUGUAAACAUAAAGUUUGCGUUCAGUG